AAUUCCCACUCAUUAUCUUAGUUGCUUAAAGCUCUUGCCCUCCCACCUCUCCCUUAUCUCCUCUCUUCCUCUCUCUUUCUCUCCUAAACCCCAUCAAUUUCAAAGCAAAUUCCUUCCCUUACACAAAACAAAUUAAAUAACUACACACACAUCCCCUCCUCUCUUAUAAACGAGAAAGACCCACCACACAGAUUAAACUACAAACUCAGUACAAUUCACAACCUGUCUCAUAAAAAAAAACGAUCUCUCUUUAUCUCACACACAAAAACACAAACAUACUCAAACAUACACACACACACAACUCACUCACUCACACACCACCACCAAAUUUUAUUUUCUUCCUCUCCAUGCGAUCAUGGAGGAAGACGACGAUCUCCACCACCAUCACCACCGUCAGAACAACUUCCCAUUCCAGCUACUUGAGAAGAAAGAAGACCAAGAAACCGCCUCAUGCUCCACCUCCUCCCUUUAUCCUUCCCUAGCAAUCUCCGCGGAACCGAGCACGUCCAAUUCCACCCGAUCCAACCAGCUCGCCGUGGCGGCUGCGGCGGAGGCUCCUAACAGCAAAAAGCCUCCGCCGAAGCGCACCUCGACCAAGGACCGGCACACGAAGGUGGACGGGCGCGGGCGGCGCAUCCGAAUGCCGGCCCUCUGCGCCGCCCGCGUCUUCCAGCUCACCCGCGAACUGGGCCACAAGUCGGACGGCGAAACCAUCGAGUGGCUCCUCCAGCAGGCGGAGCCUGCUGUGAUCGCCGCCACCGGCACCGGCACCAUCCCCGCCAACUUCACCUCCCUGAACAUCUCCCUACGCAGUUCCGGCUCCUCCAUGUCCGUCCCCUCCCAGCUCCGAUCCUCCUACUUCAACCCCAAUUUCUCCCUCCAACAACAUCAACGUAGAACCUUCUUCCCCGGCAUAGCCUUUUCCUCCGACAAUACCAACAACAACACAUCAACACUUCUCAAUUUCCAAUCCAACACCCUCAACACCACCAUGCUGCAGCAGCAGGCCAAGCCGGAGCUUAGCGACGGCGGCGUGCCAUCUUCCUUAGACAUUUCAGACACAAACACAGAAGACACAACAACAACAACAACAACAACAACAAACCUAAGCCGCAAGAGAAGACCAGCAACUACAGAACAAGACCUAUCCUCCAGCACGCAGCAGCACCAAAUGGGUAGCUAUCUCCUACAAUCAAGUGCAGGCGCUAUUCCAGCGAGCCACGCCGCCAACAUAUGGAUGGUGGCCAAUUCAAACUCGAAUCAGGUCAUGAGUGGCGAUCCCAUAUGGACCUUCCCACCGGUUAACAACAGUGCUUUGUAUCGAGGCACCAUGUCUAGCGGCUUGCAUUUCAUGAAUUUUCCUACGCCCGUGGCGUUGUUGCCGAGUCAGCAACUAGGGUCUUCUGGGAAUAUUGGUGCUGUUGGUGGAAGCAGUCAUAAUAAUCACAAUAAUAAUAUCAAUGAAGGGCAUUUGAGUAUGCUUGCGGGGCUUAGUCCUUAUCGACCUGUUAUUGGCGUUUCGGAAUCUCAGGCGAGUGGCUCGCAAUCGCAUCGUGGAAGUGGCACCGAUGAUCGACAUGAUAAUAGCUCCAGUCACCACUCCUAGAGAGGACAUGUGAUGUCAUCAUCACCGUCAAUCCUUCUUCUUCUUCUUACAUGUUGUGUAGUUUGAUUGAUGAUGAAGGAUCUGUUUAGCACACGUGAGGUUUGGUUGAUCUUCGAAAUUCAGUUUUAUUUAUUCCCAAAAUUAUUUUUUUGGUGUGAUUAAAUAUAAGGAAGGAGAAUAGUUUUUUUUAGGGUUUGCCAGAUGACACCAUUUAACAAUUGGGUAUUUGGCCGCCUGCUUCUUCUUUUCUUUUCUUUUCUUUUCUUUUUUUGGCUAAAAAAUGUCUUCUUUGAGUUAUUUCACUACACGAUAUCUUAUCAUCAUUGAUUGUUUGUGGAAGUUUUAUUUUCUUUUUAUUUUUUUCUUCUCCUGCCUUUUUGAUUAAUUGCUUUGUAAUUUUAUGCUUUUUCAUGUUAAAGAGAAGAAAACGAGUCGCUUCCA